AUGGCUGACGAACGCGAAGAGACCGGCCGCUUGUACGGCCCUCCGAGAAUUACCGUCGUGCCUCAUGAAGGUCUCGAGGAUGGACCGCCGCUGCUGCACACGAGCCGUGUUCCGGGUCAAGGCGGCUCCGAAGCCGCAAGCUUCCUAGCCGAAGAUCUCACCAGGCUCAUGCGCCCCGAAGCCACGCCCACGACUCAACCAUUGUUGGCUAUCACUCAGAUGGCGGACGUCACCAACCACACCCGGGUCGUGCCGGUCCCCGUGCUGGCCAUGGCUGCGGGCGAGUCGGGCGAGCUCCUGCGCUUAUCCAAAAUCGACGAGAUCGACUGGCAUUGGGGUGAGAACGAGAGCCCGGCGCUUCAAAUCUUUAGCAUUGACCAACACGACCGGGAGGAAUCGGUGCUGUGGUCACACGAUGGUGCUCCAAUUCUGCAAAUCAAGGCCGCGCUGAGCUUAGUACGAUUUGAGCCGACGAGGUGGUUGCUGGUACAGAAACGAACUUCGACCACGAUCCUCCAGCCCGAGUACCACAAGGUACCAGUUUCAGAACGCCCGCCUGGGAUCGACAAGGCCAUCGAACGCCCGUCUCGGAUCAACCCAAAGCCCAUACUUACCAUCACCUCGGAGCAGACUGGCGGCUUCGCUCACUCUGAUGUGUCUUUCAGCUACGGGUCUCAGAAAAAGCCACCCCAACUGGCCAUCGUAGAUGAGUGCGGCUACUACAGCGUCUGGGAUGUCAAGGGUCGAGAUAUGGUGGGAUCCGCCAGCAUGCGACCCAAACUCCGACAUUGCGGCCACAUCCAACUAGGCGUUACGGAGCAGCUUCCUGACGAAGACUCGCCGGCUUUCCGCCCGGAGCCCCACGGCGUGCUGUGGAUUGGCGCGGCAGGCCCUGGGGUCGAUUUAUGGGAUGUGCCGACUGUUCAAGACCCUGAUACAGGCAAUGACCUAGCUGCUCUGACGGCGCGGUCAAAGAAGCUCUUGCUGUGGAACCGCACGAAAUUUGAGGUCGUCGAUAUGAAGAACCCGUCUUUCCGUGAGAGUUUAUCGAUUCUCAGACCCAACGAACCAGACCGCAUUCUCGACGUGAAGUCGAACCCACUGAGUCAAAGCCAGUUGUUCAUACUCACGAGCUCAAACAUUUUCUGGAUCGAGACAUCCUCCCGUGGAGCAGCCACUGCUAAAUCCGACAGUCUUGCCGUCCUCCAAUCUUUUUCACAUCUACGGGGCUCGGACGCAGACACCUUAAGGCUGACCGUACAUCACGGCGGCCAUGGGUCGGGCAAUGGGACGUGCGCACUAUACCUCUACUCGGAGAAGUCGCCAGAGGUCGGAGUAUACUGGCUCUCCAUCCCUGAGGAAACAGGAUUGCCGCAGUUCGAACAUCACAUAGUAAGGCUCAGUGACAACCCACCAAAGCUACAAACUGUAUGGCCUGCACCAGCAUUUCUGCAUACCACUUCGUCCGCAGCCCCCAAGGGGCCAGGGGCAAACUACAUGGAUCAACAGGUCCAGUUUCAACAACUCUUCGUUCUCGGCAGAGACCUGAGCCUGAGCCGAAGCCUCCUUGCCAUCUCGGCAGUCCCAGCCCUCGAAGUCGUCCCUCCAGACAAAAGUCGCGAAUGGUCGAGAGAUGGACGGAGACAGGUGCACAACAAGAGGCGAAAGCAGUUUCUGCAGCACUUUGAGGGCACCUUUAUUGUACCUGACGGACUGGGCGACAUGGAUGAGUUGGUACAGCGUCGUGCCAACCGAUACCAGGAGCUCAUGAAGAUCGAACAAGAAAGAAACUCUCAGCAAAUACAGCAACGAUGGCCAAGGAGCCAAAACCUCGAUUUCUUCAUGUCGCGGAUCACGGUUUCUAUCGAAUCCGUCAUCAUGGCAUCGGAGCACGCUACCAUCGAGGGGCCGUUGUCUAUCUUUGAGGCCAUUGAAGAGGCGGCCGCUAACUGUCUGGAGACUGAGGGCGGCUACAUUCCGUUGCACACCUUACACGAGUACGAACCCUCAUUUGAGGCACCUCCCAUCAGUCACGAGGCUGUUGUCGCAUGGGACUCGCGUUUUCAGGAACUACUCGGCUCCCAAACCAAACGUAUCGUCGCUCAACCCAUCAUCAACCAGUAUUUCUGCCGCGGGGAUAGGCCAGCUCCGUUGGCGGAUAUCCGUGACCAACUUUUGGAGCUUUGGGGUCCAGCAGGCCUCCCAGAGGGAGCACGGCAAUCUCGCAAUGUCAUCCUGGCCGAGACGGCCGAGGCCAUCGCCCGCUCCCUCUUUGGCGUUGCGAUCCUUGACGCGAAUCUUCCCACCGAGGAAAGUGGGCCUCCUACCUGGGUUCCUGAACCGCCCCCUCAACCAACAAUUCAGCAGCCGAGCCAGCGAUCGAGCCAGCGCUUCUCGCUGUCUCCGGCUAAGCGAAACCAAUUGUCAUCGAGUCAACGACUCUCACUUUCGCCAACCAAGCUGAGCCAGCCGUUCAGCCAACGAAUCUCGCUCUCGCCCACCAAACGCGGCCAGGCUCUCGGGCAACGACUCUCCUUCUCGCCCUCCAAAGGCGCCCGGUCCCAAUCUCCCUACGCCCCCUCCUCCUCGAUCCCCUUCCCUUUCCCCUCCUCGGGCACUUUUUCUCAAUCCAUGGAUGCCUCUCAGGCCGAUACACCGCCAACUGGCGCCCCAUCACCGUCCACCGCCCUCCAACGCCUCAGCAUGCUCGCCGAAGACCUCGACAUCACGAACCCGCCCACCCGCCAGCACUCGGUGCUCGCGUAUUGGCCCACCGCCCGCGGCGCCAGCGCCGACGACUACGUCUCCUCCGUCCUCGCCUCCUCGACGAAGCACAUCGACGUCAUCAAUGAGCGCCGCCAGCGUGCCGAGUCCCGCCGCCGCAAGCGCAGAUCGCAGCUCCUCGGAUCCUCUGCCGCGGCCACCUCCUCGCAGACGUACGGGACGCAGGACGAGUGGGAGGAUUCGGGGCCAGGGACGGGCCCCGAGAGCGUACCACCGCCGGCGACGCAGCCGCUGCCUAAGCUGGCCCCGCCCGUCAUCGGAUCGAGCCAGGUGCCGCCGGUGGUGCCGUCGUCGCAGGUCGCCUUCUCGUCGCAGGUGCCACAGGUCCUAUCGCAGCCCGUGUCUGGCCGGCACGCGAUGCGGUCACCGGGGAAGAAGAAGAAGAGAAAGUCUGGCUUUUGA